AUGAACAAAGAGAAAGAGCAAGGAUCGCAUGGAGACUCGACAGCGCCUUCACAGGUCGAAAACUUGGAGCAUAGCGACAAAGGCAACGGGUUGUUAGGAUGCGCUCAAGGAGCACAACGGAAGGAUGAUCACCAGACAUACAAAGACAUCCAUCCUUCUUCCAAAUCAGAGGGAGCUGUUGCCAUCGAUGUCCCUUCAUCCUGCAGUCCAAAGGUAACGCCGCAUCGAACAAGGUCGCCGGAAUACAUCAAGGGCGAUAGUGAGCAGAGGAGCAAGAGGAAGUUGUUCGAGAUCAGCAGGCGUGGGAUCGUCUCUGGUCACUCGGAGAGUGAGCAAGACUAUAUGUCGGAAGACGAUUCCGAUAUCCUUCUGUUCCGAGGGAGUGUCUACAGAGACCUCCCCGACAUUCUUACCUUCGGCACCAAGCACGUGCGCACGUCGAAGAUCUCAUGA